UUUACACUGGUACACCCAACGUCGGUGGGGAAUCUUUUAAGAAUUGUCCUCUUCACGUUGACUAUAUUGGCUGGCUUGUUAUGAAGAAUUGAAAGGAUAUUUAUCAGCAUUUCACAGUUCAUUACAACCACAUCUACAAACUCAUAUUUUUCUUCAGCUCUCUUAUCUGUACGAACGGUUACCUGAUUCUCUGACUAUGGCUGAAGCACUUGUUUCCGCUGUCUUAGAGCAGUUGAUUUCAGUCGUUGGUGAAGGCAUACAACAGAAGGUGAGGCUUGUUGUUGGUGUUGACAAAGAAGUUAAAAAGCUGAGUAGCAAUCUUGAAGCUAUUCAGGCUGUGCUCGUUGAUGCAGAGGCAAGGCAAGUGACAGAGACAGCUGUAGGACGUUGGUUAGAUCAGCUCAAACAGGCUUCCUACGACAUUGAAGAUGUGUUGGAUGAGUGGAACUACGCCAUUCUAAAACAAGAACUAGAGGGGGUUGAAGAUGCUGCUGGUCCUAAGAAGGUGUGUUUCUUCUUUCCCUCAUAUUGCUUUUCAUUCAAACAAGUUAGUUUACGUAAUGACAUUGCAAUCAAGAUAAAAGAAGUAAAUGAAAAUCUAGAUUUCAUUACGAAACAAAAAGAGAGGUAUAGUUUUAAUGCUAUCACAAGGGUUGAAAAGUCAGAACGUGUACAAACAACUUCAUUUGUUGAUGUGUCUGAGGAGAUGUGUGGUCAAAAUGUAUGUAAAAACAUUUUAAAAGAUAAAUUAUGUGCAAGCACUGAACAACGCCUCCCUAUCAUCUCUCUUAUAGGAAUGGGAGGUAUUGGAAAAACAACUCUUGCUCAAUUUGCUUAUAAUGAUGAUAUGUUGAUUAAUAGUUUUGAUAAAAGAAUAUGGGUAUGUGUAUCCGAACCUUUUGAUGAAUAUAGGAUUGCUAAAGCAAUUAUUGAGGUUUUAGAAGGUUCUACUUUGAAUUUAAAUGAAUUGCAAUCACUUCAUGAACAUAUUAGUACAUCAAUCCAAAGAAUGAAAUUUUUUUUGGUGUUAGAUGAUGUGUGGAAUGAGGAUUUCAGAAAAUGGGAACCAUUAUAUCGUUGUUUGAAGAAUGGUGUCCAUGGAAGUAAAAUUUUGAUUACAACACGCAAGGAGUCAGUUGCAAAAAUCAUGGGUUCGAUGGAUAUUAUCAAUGUUCAAGGGUUGAAUGAUGAUGAAUGUUGGUUGGUGUUUAAGCGAUUAGCAUUUUUUGGUAGGCCUUUUGAGGAAUGUGAAAGAUUAGAAGAGAUUGGGAAAAAUAUUUCAAGCAAAUGUCAAGGUUUACCUCUAGCUGCAAAGACAUUGGGAAGUUUUUUACGCUUUAAAAAAGGUUGGGAAGAGUGGAAACGUGUCUUAGAUAGUGAAUCAUGGAAACUUAAAGAAAUUAAGGAAGAAGUUUUUCAACCACUAUUAUUGAGUUAUAAUGAUUUGCCUUGUAUAAUAAAAAGAUGUUUUGUAUAUUGUGCUAUCUUUCCCAAGGAUUGUAUAUUAGAAAAAGAUAAAUUGAUUAAACUAUGGAUGGCUCAAGGAUAUGUUAAAGAAGAAGAAAACAAGGCAAUGGAGAUAGUUGGUGAAGAGUAUUUUGACUAUUUAGCUUCACGAUCAUUAUUUCAAGAGUUUAGAAAAGAUGAUGAAAAUAAUGUGAUUGGAUGUAAGAUGCACGAUUUAGUGCACGACUUUGCUCAAUUCUUAAAUAAGAAUGAAUGUGUCCACAUAGAAGUUGAUGAUUCUAAAGAGCCACUCAUAAGCUCUUUUAAUUGUGAGAAAGUUUGUCACGUGAUGAUAACAAUUUGUAGUGAAGGUUUAUUUCCUGAUACCCUGUUUAGUUUAAGAAUGAUGCACAGCUUCUUAUAUAAUAAUGAAGAUUCUAGGCAUUCAUUGCCUCUUAAUAUCUUACCAAAAUUAUUUGGUGAAUUGAUAUGUUUAAGGGCAUUAAGUAUAACUGGAAAGUGGCGGCUAAAUAGUUUGAUUAAAGAGAUUCCUAAAGAGGUAGGAAAAUUGAUACAUUUGAGAUACCUUAAUUUAAGGAGUUUAAAUGUGAGAAAACUUCCCGAAGCAUUAUGUGGAUUAUAUAAUUUGCAAACUUUAGAUAUUAGUCAUUGUCAUCAACUUGAAGAAUUACCUCAAGGGAUGGAAAAAUUAAUAAACCUAAGGCAUCUAGAAAAUGAUGAGACUUGGUCAUUAGAAUACAUCCCAAAAGGAAUUCAAAGAUUGAGUAAUCUCCGAACCUUAAGGUAUUUCGUGGUAAGUGGUAGUAAUGAUGAGAAAGCAUGUAGUCUUGAAGGUUUGAAAUACCUUAAUCUCUUUGGAGAGUUGAGAAUAAAAAGGUUAGGAAAUGUAUCAGAUGUAGAGGAGGUUAAAGCAUCACCGCUUAAGAGUCAUGAAAACCUUGUUGGUUUGGGGCUAGAUUUCAAUAAAGAUAUUGAUGGAAGAGAGAGGAGAAAUGAGGAGGAUGAAGCACUUCUUGAAAUCCUACAACCAUCUUUAAAUUUGGAGAAAUUAAAAAUAGUGAGUUACAGAGGCAACACUAUUUUGCCCAACUGGAUGAUGUCCUUAACCAAGCUCAGGCACUUAACACUUGAUGGUUGUAGUAACUGUAAGCAUUUGCCUCCCUUGGGAGAAUUGUCAUCCCUUGAAUAUUUAGUUAUUAGUGAAAUGAAGAGUUUGAAAAGUGUGAGUAAUGAAUUUUUGAGAAAAGAAAAUGACGGCACAUCUUCAUCAUCUGUUUUCUUUCCUAAAUUGAAAAGAAUUCAAUUUUUGUUGAUGUUUGAGUGGGAAGAAUGGGAUUACGGGAUUACUAGAGUUGGAGAAGAAGAAGAUAUUACAAUUAUGCCAUCUCUGGUUUUCUUGCUAAUUUAUGAGUGCCCCAAAUUGAAGGCACUACCAAAACACCUUGUUCGGAAUACAAGAUUGAAGAAAGAUAUUUCUCAUUGUCCUCGGCUAGUCUACCCUUUAAGGCGUUAAUGAGAGUGUUUUUGCGCUAUCGGAAGGGAGAAGGGAUAUUUGUACAACAGUACUCAAGAAGAACUCGUUCAAGAACUGUGUACCACGCCAGAACAACUUGACAGGCCCGGAAAAAUUGUCUCUGUGGGUCAUUUUGCAUUAAGGAUGACAGGAAAAAUGGCAUGAGUGGAGCAGGUAUUGGAAUGUUUACUUAUUGAUCUCUUUGCCUUUCUUCAUUUCUUUAAUAUGUUGUAUAUGGAACUAUUAUUCCCUUAAUAUGCAGAUCAAAUUUUCUAGUCGGGCUCUUAAUUUAAAGAAUUUACACUGUAACUUGAUAGACAGAAUAAUUACUCCAAGAAAAAGCAAAGAAGGAGAGGUUAAAUUUGACAGAGAAGGAAAUAUGUUAAAUGUGAUAUUUCCUAUGCCCUUUUCUUCCAAGGUAUGCAAAUUUGUAUUGUAUCACAGCUUCAAAUUUUGACCUUGGAACAAACAUGAAAGAGGGUUAUAAAUAUAGGAGAUUAUAUCCUCAAAAUGACUGAAAUGGUUGGUUUACUUUCUCACUUCUCUGUUUUUUCUUCAUGUUGCACAUCACAGCUUUAUUAAUUGUUCUUGAGAUUUUUUUAAUAUUAAUGCAGAAGUGAUUUAUAUAUCUGUUAUUUGCUUUCUCUUACUGUUUGAUAGCUCAUUCAUGGGGGAGUUUCUCAAAUUACAAUAGGUAUCUCUCUGUGAAAUACUUUGAUGACUCAUUGUGAUAGGCAGGUAGAAGAUGCCAUGAAUUUGCUGAAGAAUCAAGGCAUCAAAUUCCCUCUGCUGAACUUUUUUCUCAUACUGGAAAGCAUUGAUUGGUCAGAAAAUAUCUUGUGUAUCCUCACUUGUUGAAGGUAGUAACCCCACUUUUAUGAGAUGAAUUUUCUGAUAAUGUUAAGUUUUCCUUUUUCUUUUAGCUAAGGCUUGUAAUGUUUUAUAUAUUAGUUUCAAAUUUCAUCAAAUAUCUGUUUAGUCAGUCCAACAUUUCAUGUUAUCAAAGAGAGAACAAACGGUGCUCGAAGAGUGGUCUACCUCACUUCUUGAAGGUUGUAACCCCACUUUUCAGAGAUAAAUUUUUUGGAAAUGUUAAGCUUUUCCAUGUUUUUUCAAGUAAGGCAUGUAAUGAAUUAUACAUUAGUUUCAAAUUUCAUCAAAUAUUUAUUUUCUCAGUCCAACAUGUCAUGUUAUCAAAGAGAGGACAAAUCGUGCUAGAGGAGUGGUUAAAAGAAUUCUAUGUGAUAUUGUUUAUGCUUCGAAUUUUGACCUUAGAACAAAUAUAUGAAAGAGAGGUAUAAGUAAAGGAGAUUAUAUGCUCAGAAUGAAAGAAAUUGUUGGCUAUACUUUCUCACUUCUCUGUUUUUCCUUACUGUUGGAUAGAUCAUUCACAAGGGAGGUUCUCAAAGUACAAAGGAUUCUCUCUGUGAAAUCCUUUGAUGACUCAUUAUGAUAGGCUGGUAGAAGAUGCCAAGAAUUUGCUGAAGAAUCGAGGUUGAAAAAUGAUCUAUAUAUUAAGAAGUUUGCAGAUUAAGGUUCCUGAUGCAUUCUUUUCUUGACCAAAAUUUGCUUUACUAAGAAAAUUGCUUUUCUUUGAACUUAUUGAAACCAGACAUCAAAUUCCCUCCACGGAAUCUUUUUCUCAUUCUUAAAAACAUUGUCUGCCCAGAAAUUAUCUUGUGUAUCCACUCUUCUCGAAGGUUGUAAUCCUGCUUUUCAGAGAUGAAUUUUUUGAUAAUGUUAACCUUUUCCUUUUUUUUUUUUUCUUUUAAGUGAGGCAUGUAAUGAAUUAUAUUAGUUUCAAAUUUCCUCUAAUAGUUAUCAAAGAGAGGACAAAUGGUGCUAGAAGAGUGGUUAAAAGAACUCAAUUAGGGGUUGGAUAUGCUUUCCCAAUGCUUCUUUGUUUCUAGAUUUCUUAUUAGUGGUUUGAUAUCACAGUAUUAUGUUUAUUUCUUUGAUGUAUGUGAAGAAGCUAUCAUCAGAGCUUGUCUUAAUUACUGGAGGACAGAAAUGCAGAGCCAGUUUAUCUUAUUUAUUGAAGAAAAAACUUUGUUGACACACUUGUCAAUAAAAAGAUGAUUUUCCAGAUGAAACAGAAGCCCAAUCCCGUUCUUAAAAUCUUCCAGGUGAGCUUCCAACUGAUCUAUCUCUGGCUUGCUUCUUUCAUAGAACAAAUUGUUAUCUAUAAUAGAUAAUUGAAACAGAGUAUUUUCCAAACUAAACUUGUGAAACUUUGAAGAGAGGAAGAAUGGGUUUCAGGGAGUAGCCAAGUGAGCUCAUUUAAUGGUGGUACCAAUGGAGGACAGAAUUAAAUCAUGCACCGAAGAAAACUUGAUUGAGGCACUUGUAAACAAAAAGAAAAUCUACAAGAUGAAACAGUUCAUCAAAUCCUGGUCUUUACAUUUUGUUGGACUUUUAUUCGUUUUUCUUAAAGGUCAUAACCCCACUUUGUGUACAUUAAUUUUCUUGUUUGAGUAUUGAAGAACUGGAAAGGCUUGCUAAGUUAGGAAGUAAAGCACAAAAGACAGCUCGGAGGGACAUUGCUUGUGUUGUGAGGGGUGCUUAGAUAUCAAUCACUGACUUCACAUAGGCUUUCAGCCCAAUGUUUUUUUUUUUUGGUGGCUACAAGAGGGAGUGGUGCAACUACUGUUUCUGCAACCAUAUUUUUUAGCUUCUAUGGCCGUACAAAUGGUGGACCAAAUUACAUCAUGGACCGAAGAAAACUUGAUUGACGCACUUGUAAAUAAUUUGUCAAAUCCCGUUGUUUACAUUUGCUUGAGCUGAUUAACCAGUUGGUUACUUAUGUUGAGAAUUUCCAAUUCUGUAACUGAUUUUGCUGACGAAAUGCGCAAGGUGCAAAUUAAGCAUGGAAUUAAGGUUAAUAAUGAUUGCUCAAUGUCAGAAAUUCAACGGGGACCCUUGUAACAAACAGCAGAUUUGCCUGAUGGAACAAGUGCUACAUGUUUUGGAUUUCACAUUUUCUUGGUGAUUACAUUUGAUGUAUUUUUGUAUUUCCUACUGGCUCCUUCAAUAGAACAAAUUGUUAUUGAUAAUAAUACCCAAUUACCUAUUCAUGUAUAUUUAGUUGUCUGAGGUACUGUUAUAAGGUACUUGUUUUACAGUUCUUUGAAAACAUCUUUUUGUUGACAUGUAUUUUGCUUUCUAUUAUAGAAGUAUUCUUUUUGAGUGA